CAAGUACACGAAGACGAUUAUGAGGCUAUAAAUAUUUCUCCGACUGGCGAAGUCCACGACGUCAUCUUUUAUUGCUCAGGUUUCUCCGAUUACAGCUCUGGUCUGGCAUUCUUCUCCUUUUCAAUGGCUUUACCAAAUACAAACCUUCUUCUUCUCUUCUCAAUUCUCGCUGCUUUUCUCUCCUUCUCUGCCUCCGCUAGACCCUGCAAAACCCUCUUCAUCUCCUCCUACUCCUUUUCCAUCAAGCCUCUUUACCCUAACCCUAACUCUGACCGCCCUUCCUCCUCCGGAUUCGUCACCAUCGUCACCGAAAUCACCCAACAACACUCCUCUUCCGAGAUCUUCCUCGAUCGCCGGGUUUUCCCUGCUGUUGAUGCUUCUGAGCCCAAAGGUAUCCAACGGCGGCAGGCAGGCCCUGACUUGCCUUUUGGGCUUUCCUCCUAUGACAUGAGUUCUCUCCGCGAUCGCACCAAGGACAUUCUCAGUGUCGUCGUCGCCUUGCUUUUUGGGGUUGGUUGUGGCGCUCUUACCGCCGCUACCAUGUACUUGGUCUGGUCCCUCUUCUCUACUCGUUACGAUUAUCGCUACGAGGAAUUUGAUAGCGAGGAUGGAGAUGAAGAGGAUGAUGUUAGCCCUAAGAAGAUGGGUUAUGUUAAGAUCCCUGAAGCUGAUUCCAUGCCCAAGCAGGUGAAAGAGGUGGUAUGAGGAGGUUUUCCUUUUUAUAUUUAUAACGAAAAAAAUUUAAUUUUUCGUUUAGGGUUUUAAUCAACUGUUAUCCCUCGUGUUGUUUAUGUCCUGCGGAUUAUUAUUGAACAGCUAAUGUUGCUUUCUAUUGUGUUAUUGUCAAGAAAGCGUAUGGCUUCCAUCUAUUGCUAUAUAUUUAUGUCUUCUAAUUCUAAUAGAUUGAUUUCUUUUGUGCUA